GCAUACUACUCGUCGCUUUUUUCUCAGCUCACACAAAAAGAAAAGUCGCCUAUUAUGACGAUGCUGUGGAAAGAAGACCCCUUCCACAAGGAAUGGGAUUUUAUGUGCGCUGUGUACUCUUCGAUCCGCGAGUUCCUAUCUGACGAGGAAGUAACACUGCAAGAAUGGCUCCAAUUUGCCAUCAAGCACAUGGGAAUCGUCGUCCGGGAGAGCUACCUGACGACCCUUGGCUGGAAACUCGUGCAGGACGAGGACGGCACACACAAGAUCGAGCGGACAGCGGCACGAGGGGUGCAGAGCUACCUUCAGCCGACCAACGGGCUCGGGCUCUUCAUGAACUGCCUCAACGACGGCCUGCCGGUGUCCAACCCGCUCCCGAUCAUUGCGAAGCUGUCCGGCUUGACCAACGACAUCAUCUGCAUCAACACGCAGCCGGGCGCCGCGGCAAGAUCGACCAACACCAUGGAGGGAUUCCGCCAGUUCGCAAAGAACCAUCCGCAUCUUGCCAUGUCGGCGCUCUUCCAGGUCCCCGCGGCCCACCCGCUGAUCACGCAAGGCGUCACCGUGCACCAGUUCCCCGAGAGCGCAGGCUUCCCCGCCACCGAACCGUUCCCCAUGGCCCAGAGCGAUGACCCGGAGCUUGAUGCAAUGCUUGCCAGAAUCUUCCAAGGCGAGGGCGACGUGGGCAUCGGCAACCAAGCCAACUUUGGAAACGAGCGUCUGAUGAUGCGCACGAGCACGAGCAUGAGCAUGGGCAUGGGCAUGGGCAUGGGCAUGGGCAUGGGCAAUGGCACGACCGACUUCAAUUGAGACAGCCCUCUCCAGCCAGCGACAGGUGCGACCGUGGCAGAU